AUGACGGCCGCAAUGGAAGUUGUAUCUACGGGCUCAACAGUGCUGUUUGGUUUUGCCGUUGCUCUAAAUUCUUUCUUCAUCUAUGUAGUAGCCACAAAAGGGCGCAAAAACAUUGGUACUUACAAGUAUCUAAUGAUUUCCUUCGCCGUAUGCAAUAUUUUCUAUUCAACUGCCGAAUUCGCAAGCAAACCGGGGAUGUACGGAAUGGAGACAGCCCUUUUGGCUCUACAUUUCUUGUAUCGUUAUGUUAUUGUGUGCAGGCCAACUCAACAAAAAUAUUUUGACAAGUUUUACUUUGUUCUGUGGUCUCUUCCGGUUCUUUCAUGGGGAUUCGUUUAUGGUUGCAUAACAUUCUACUGCUUCGCGCCAACUGAACAGUUCUAUAAAUUCGUGGAGGAGUCGGUACGUGAUAAGUUGAAUCGCGAAGUCAGAGAGUUAUCGCUAUUCUCUAUAUAUACACAUGUAAUAAGAAUGGACACAACUGUGAUUAAUUACCCUAACGCCAUUGGCCUGCUUUUGAUGGUAAUCAUGAUGGUACUUACCUUUGGGGUUAUGUUGGUUUGUGGGUUGAAGACAGCAAGAAUGUUGCGGAAAACAUCUAUGAGCGCGAAAAUGCUCGACAUACAAACGCAACUUCUGAGAGCAUUGACUGUGCAGGUGCGUGCUUAUGGAUCUUUUUAAAA